AUGAGACAUGAUAGUAUGGUACCAUCUUACCUCAAUCUUCCCUAUGUAUUGCUACAUCCUUCCUUCCUUUCCUAUAUUGAGGAUAAGGAUCUCCUCCUUACCCAUGAUAUGAGGUUCUAUGACAAGGUAACAGAAAAAUUCUUGGCAUGUGGUGAGUUGGAUCCUCUUAAUCGUCGUCUAGGCUCCGAGAAGAAGCCAGAUGUGGUUGUACAGGUGGUGGUGUUAGCAGAAGAUGCCAGUAUUCAGGCCAAGCUCCUUGCUCUUGACAUCCAAGUACAGACUAUUUCUGAAGUGUCACCCAUUGAAGUUCAGCCAGCCAGGGUGUUGUCAAAGCUCUAUGCUCAUCUGGGACGCAACCAGAAGCUUGGACUCUCAGGACGUCAGAGCCGUGAUGUUGGUAUCCUCUCCACCAGUAAACUUUAUUCUCUUCAAGAUAGAAUCUUUGCAUUCACACCACAAUACUUCGAUGACGAGGAGAGUUACCUGUCCAAUGAUGUGGAUCUUUAUGUGUACAUCUUUAGUGUUGGACUGGAAUAUUUGGCAUCAACGUGGAAAGACCUGGGAAGACCAACAGUAUGUUUUAGGAUGCGGGCAGACUAUCUUGAUGAAGAUGGAAAAAUUCCUCCUGCUAUGAUAUCCACACUGAAGAAACUCAAGAGCGGCUACAUUAAUGGUACACGAGUGUCACUGGGUAAGAUGCAGGAGUUCCUGAACACAUCAUGUAUUACCAGCCUUAACUUCCUCAAUGACACUGAGGGUGGAUUUCCUGACAGCCUCAAAGCAGAAGUAAAGGAUUAUCUAGAGAAACAAAUGAGGGGGUCACUGUCCUGGAGAAGAGCUGACCUUGUGCGUAUGUCAAACAGGUUCAGCCAAAGAACUACUAGGGAUCCAGCUCGCCGCAAGAUCUCAGUAGCGCUGAGAGGAACAAUUCGCAAAUCACGUUCCCUGUUUGUUGAUGAUGAAAGAGAUGGGCAAAAUUUCUGUGGUCAUCGGGGACUUCAAGCAAAACUACUGUCUCGUCAUCUUUCGAGAUAUCCCUCCAUUGAAGAGCCACCACCAGUUGUCUCUCGCCGUAACUCAACUGUUACCUCUCCUACGUCUGAGCUUGGUCAUCCUUUGUUGGAAAUAUCGGUUCCAACCACACCAACACGUGUCACCCCUCCGCUCUCCUCUCGUUCGCGAUCUCCAUCCCCAGAUAAAGAAGAUUUGUGGGAAUCGAUGAUCAGACACAGGUUAGUGUUUUUUCUUUCUUUACUAAGCUUGACAUGACCAGUUUGCAUGUAUGAUACUCACAAUUUGCAUUUGUAAAAUGAUCAGCACUGGCACAUUAAAAAAAUCUUCCAAGCAGUUGAGUUUUAGGUUACCAUUUAUACAGUAAACACCUAUAUCACCUUAAGGGGACAGGAAGGUGGGUGGAUAAUAAAUUCAAUAGAAAAUACAGUAGCAGAGUUAUGCACAUAGUGUCUGGUCUUCAGUGCUUAUUCUCUCUCUGUUGGCAAUUUUAGGUCUCAUUUGUGAAAAAAUUCAUUAGGUGUGUCUGUUUUUAGUCUGAUUAACAUAUCACUCAAAAUGGAGCCCCAUUGUGACUUCAGUAUUUCACUCAUUUCUUUGUAAUUGUCAAUUUAAGCUCCAUUUCCUUUAGGCAAGGACCCAGUAGUGGAUGUGGGGUUUUUCCCUUGAUUUUGCACAUGAGAAAAAACAUUUUUCUCACUUCUUGAAGUUUCUUUCAGUGGCUUUUUACUUCCAUUGUCUCUUUGAUUCAUUCAGUUUUAUCUCAUUUUUUCCCAUCCUGACUGGUAUUUCUCUUUGCUCUUGAAAAAGUGUAGGACCUUUGAGAUGUUCAUUGAUUCUUCAUCCUCACCUGUAGGAGGAGGAUCUCUCUAACUUGAAUCUUUCUUUUAAUUAACACACUGGCCAUCUCUCACUGAGGUAGGAUGAAACAUUUGAAGAGUCACAUUCACCAUCAUUCAUUUAAUUGCUAUCUUGCCAGAAGUGUGCUGACAAUGCUGCUCAGAUGACCCUCUGAACUGCAUCAUCACCACCAUUUUUUUCCAGUGCAAGCACUGUACUUCUUACCACCAGAACUCAACACUGGCUAACUGGUUUUCCCUAAACCCUUUCAUAAAUGUUACCUAGCUCUUGCUGCAAAAGCAUGCCUAGCCAUAAAAACCUCUCGUCUCCAUUCAUUCCAAUCUAACAUGCUCACACAAGCCUGUUGGAUAUUCACUUCCUUAGUAAUUAAAACUUUAAGCAUACCCCUCCCUCCAACUCUUCCUGGAUGACUCCUACCCAUCCUUCCUUCUAUCCCAGAUUUAUGUUCCCUUUAGUCAUCCUCAACUUUCAUCUUCUCUUCUUUUCUUAAUGGUACGAGUGUGAAUCAAUGUUUUAGUGCCAUUGACUUCAUCCUCUUGUGUCUGGUUUAAGUUUGUAUUACUCGUACUGUUUUUUUCAGCAUAUUUUACUAGGGUGUGGAUUUACUUGAUCCCAUUUAAUAUAUUUAUCGUUGAAGCUAAAUUUGUUGAAUACACCUUCAAGUCUGUGUGUGUUAUACUGUUUGUUUGUCAAGUAGUUUUUGGUUCUGGUUUUAGUCUUCCCAAAAUACUUUGCAUACCUAGAAGCUUUUCAAAAUGUAUGAAAUGUCACACAAUUUUGUAACAGUUAUGUUUAUUUUAUUUGUAAGGAACCUGGUAUGAGAGUGAGAGGACUGGUUAUUAGUAAAUACAAAUAUAAAUCCAGGUUAACAUGUACUAGGUGACUAGGGUAUCCACAAUACCUGUAUGAAAGUAUGCCAGGUAGCUGUGAACUUUAAAAAAAAAAAAAGAUUUGUAUAAUAAAUUGAUUUGAUUCAUGAUCCAGAACUGUAGGCACACAUUUAUGCCACCAGAAUAAUAUUUGAUUAUCUGAUUAUUUCCCUCUCUUAAGUUGUGUUUUUUAUUUUAAAUUAAAAUUUAGUUAGGGACUUUUAUCAUUUUAUAUUUGUUAUUGUAGU